AUGGCCUUGACCGUUGCUCACAAAGAGACCCUGGACCUCCUGGCACGGGAGGAGCAGGCGCAAAAGGCGACGGUCACCAAAAUCGUCGAGGACCUCAAGACCUCGGAGUUCUUUCGUCAGAACUGGGACAAUCUCCUGCUGGCGGCGCCCAAUUGUUUGGAGCUGCUGGGAAACUGCAAUGCCAUCGCGUCAACCCGGGGUGCCGCCCAGGUGACGAUCACUCCCCCUCCCAAUGGCUUCAAGUAUUUGGCCGGCUAUACGGAACUGUCCGGUGCUCUAGCCGACGUGGCGAGCCAAGGAAGUCGGUCCUUUACCACGGCCGCAAUUGCUAUGACUACAGUCAACAGCGAGUCUAUGGCGACCAUUGACCAUGUAAAACUCAUUGUGAUGAACCUGGCUGAUCCCCAGGCUCCAAUGUCUUCCGUCCGGCUGCGCCUCAACGCGCUCCAGAAGAGCGCAGAGCGUUGCCGGGAGGAGGCCGUCAAGAUCGAAGGCACCAUGGCCCUCUGGAAGGAGUUUGUGAGCGAGCUCUACGUCGCCUGCAGUGCCCAAUCCUCCAAGGUCCAAACCGCCAGUAUCGAUGCCAAGUCCAAAGAACAGCUUGCCGAGGAGGCGCUCGAGGUUCAAAAACUACGGGAAACCGCCAUCGAAGCGCAAUGUCAGGAGAUGAAGACCCAACUCGACGACGCCAAGGAAGACUACAAACGAGCGCUGAACGACAUGCCAAAAGGUAUUGAUAUGGUCGGCCAGCAGAUCCUCCUGGGUCUAGGCCAGGCGGCCAACAGCGCAAUCACGAUUGGAGCCACCGCGGCCGCGGCGUAUGUGAGUCCGAUGUCAGGGUUCUCCAAUGGGGCCAAGACGUUGUCUGCCGAGGUCGAGAAGUGGGCGCCGGAGAUUAAGAAGGUUGCGGCGGCCACCGGGGGUGCGACAACUACUCCGUCGUCCGAGCCGGCCGCAGGAGAAGCAGCAUCAGCCACAGGGGAUAAGCCCACGCGCAUGGCUAUCGUCAAAAAGGCCUCGCUGUUUGCCAAACUCAAGGCCCCCUUUGUCCGCAAGGCCAAGCCCGAGGGUGAUGCCGCUGCUGACCCGGCCGCGUCCACCACGUACGACUUGUCAGGCUCAUUCAGUCGGAAAGACCCUGCGCUGAGCAUUAUUGCCUCGGUGAAGGUAAACAUAGAUGCCGUCAAGGAGAUUCUCGUCGGGUCCCCUGAAGGGAUCCGCUGGGAGGCCACGCAGCCUCCCAAAGAUCCCGCCAAGGGCACCGCGACCGAGCUGGAACGGCUGCACUUCAACCUCACCCGGAUCCUCAAGUCGUUCACGCCGAUGAAGGGUGGCCUGGCAUCGCAACUAACCAUGGCCGUGCUCCAGGAGGCCAUCGCCGUGGCCAAAGAGUUGCAAGCCGAAGCGGCCAAAUCCUCGACCAUGGGAGCGGGGGCCCGCGUGGACCGGAAUUCACCUACCUACGAAGACUGGGAUGACCGGAUCUCGCGCUGCGCCUCUGCCGCACUCAAGGUCAAUGAACUGGCGAAAUCCACAGCGGGAGGCAUCGUCAACGGUCAGUCCAUCACGGCUGCGCCACCGUCCGGCAACAGCAAGAUUGCCGCCAUCAAUGAGCAGACCAGCGCGAAUCAGGCCUCGAUCGCCGAGGCGGCACUGAAGUCAGCCACCGCCUCGAUGAAGUCGACGCAAGAGAUGUACCAGGUCAGGAUGGACUAUUAUAGGGACGCCCAGGACAAGGUGAUGGAGGUCAAGAAGCAGCUACAAGAAGCUCGGAACGAGGUCAAAAAAUACCACGCGGACCAUGUCAACUUGGAACAAGUCAUGAAGAUCUUGGUGACCACCAUUGGCUACCUGGUCGAACUGAAGGACCGCAUCACCAGAUUGGUGACCUUCUUCAGCGGUCUCGCCGUGAUGGUCAAGACCUGUGUAAACAACUACGUCGAGCCCUUCAAGGGCGAGAUCGAAGCCUUUGCACAAGAGAAUCAGAGCAAGGCAGGCCUGUAUGGAAACUACUAUCGAGACGUAUGCUUCACUACUUCCCCACGCUCACCCACAACCACUAACCUAUCACACACGCAGAUCAUCUUCCAAAUGGCCAUGCAGAUCUACUCCAAUUUCUCCCUCUACACAGACAUCACAAGCAUGUACCUCCAGGUCCACCGCCGCUGCAUCCAGCCAGGCUUAAUCCUGGUCGACAAUCUCAGCAUCCGAAACCUGGAUCCAGAGAAGGAAGAAGCAGUAUUCGCAAAGAAACUAGCCGAACUCAAGACGUUCUGCACCGAUGCAGAAAAUACCGUAACCGACGUCGUCAAGACCCAACAAAACAAAAUCAUCAACUCGCUCCAAUCGCGCGUGACAGCAUUGAGCCAGAGCAUUGACAGAUUCCCUCUGGAUUUUCGUCCUGACCAGGAUACCGUGGAUGCCAUUCAGACGGGCACGAAGCUUGCGCUGGAGGAAAUGAAGGAGGAAGUUGCUGCUACGCCGUCGGGUGUGCUCUCUAUGUUUGGAAGUACGGGUGGAGUGGCAUGGGAAUAA